UCAGUAUUUGAGAGGUAGCAAACGGGGAGGCUGCCACAUACAGCCCGGGAGCGUCUGACUAUCCAGAACCAGCGUGAUGGGAGUGCACAGCCUGCGGGCGAGCUUGGUCGUUCUGACAGCUCUUCUCUGCAUCUCCGCUGUCCGGGGGAGCAAUAAGUGCAAAGGAGCAUCAACAUGCGCAAAGUGUCUGGAAAUAGAGCCAUACUGUGCCUGGUGUUCACAGGAGGAUUUUGGAGGAAGCAGUGCUUCACGAUGUGACACAAAGAAGAACUUAAUUCAAAAAGGUUGCAGAGAGAAUGCGACAGAAUUUCCACAAGGCUCUUACAAAAUUCUUCAGGAUGUACCUCUGAGUGAGAAAGGCUCGAGUGACAAACCAGAUAAAACUGUGCAAUUCACUCCUCAAAAGAUUGCCCUCAACCUGCGCCGAGGGGAAUCCAAGUCGUUCGCCGUACAUGCACGUCAGGUCGAAGACUAUCCCGUCGACAUCUACUACCUGAUGGAUGUCUCUUACUCCCAAAAGGACGAUUUGCAAACCAUCCAGAAACUUGGCACACAGGUGGCCGCCGAGAUGGCCAAGAUGACCAGCAACCUGCAGCUGGGCUUUGGUGUUUUCGUGGACAAACCCAUGUCACCGUACAUUCAUAUGACAUCAGAGGAGGAAAUCAAAAACCCUUGUCUCAGUCUCAAUAGUAAGUGCAUCCCUCUGUUUGGAUUUAAAAAUGUGUUGAAACUCACAGAAGAGGUGAGCAGGUUUAAUGAAGAAGUGACCAAACAGCAGGUUUCACGGAACCGUGACACACCUGAGGGUGGGAUGGAUGCCGUGCUCCAGGUCUCGGUGUGCAAGGAGGAGAUUGGCUGGCGCCAGGAGGCCACCCACAUGCUGGUGUUUGUCACUGACGCCACCUCGCACUUGGCUCUGGAUGCGAGGCUGGCUGGCAUCGUGCAACCCAAUGAUGGGCAGUGCCACAUGGGUCAAGACCAUGAGUACGAUGCCUCAACGACCCUGGAUUACCCAUCACUUGCUCUACUGACUGAAAAGCUCACAGAAAAUAACAUCAACCUCAUCUUUGCUGUAACUGAUGUAGUCACUGAAAUAUACAAGAAUUACAGUCGAAUGAUUCCAGGCACCACCGUUGGAACAGUCUUCAGGGAUUCAAGCAAUGUCCUGCAACUCAUUAUUGAUGCUUACGAGCAAAUCCGUUCCCGGGUAGAAUUGGAAGUUUUGAAUCUGCCGAAAGAGCUGUCGGUAUCCUUCGAUGCUUACUGUGGGAGUAGCAAGUUUAUUCCAGGACAGAGAUUUUGUUCAGGGCUUAAAAUUGGAGACACAGUGAAUUUUACAGUGAAAUUGGAGGCCGUGGAGUGUCCAAAAGAUGAGAAGAUGAAGACAUUUACACUGAAACCAAUUUCGUUCAAGGAUGCUUUGGAGAUCACUGUCAAUUUCAGUUGUAGCUGCGACUGUGAGAGUGAAGCAGUGGAGAACAGCACAGUGUGCUCCAAUGGCAAUGGGACCUACGAGUGCGGAAUGUGCAAAUGCAACCCAGGCCACUUUGGGCCAUUCUGUGAGUGCAUGGAAGGGGAUGGCUCAAUGAUCACACAGGAAACUUGCUCCCCAAAGAAAGGUGACCCCAUUUGCAAUAACCGUGGGGAGUGCAUUUGUGGACAGUGUGUGUGCCACAGCAGUGACUUUGGGAUCAUAGGUGGAGAGUUCUGCGAAUGUGACGACUUUUCCUGCGGACGCCACAGGGGAAAGCUGUGCUCAGGCAAUGGUCGGUGUCAGUGCGGAGAGUGCAGAUGCUUCCCUGGCUGGACUGACAGUUACUGCAACUGCAGCACCAACACGGACAACUGCUUGCCCCCGGUAGGCCCUAUGUGUCACGCUCGGGGCUACUGCAAUUGCGGGAAGUGCAUAUGUACAGGAGGGGCAUACGGCGAUCAGUGUGAGAAAUGCCCGACCUGUCCUGAUGCCUGCGACUUCAAAAAGAGUUGUGUGGAAUGCAAGGUUUUCAAUAAAGGCAAGCUGAAGGAGGAGGAUAAGUGUGAGCAGGUGUGCCAAGAUGAGAUCCGAACUGUGGAGACGCUGGCAGAUAUCAACUACCCGCUGUGUAAAAUACUUAUUCCUUUAGAGCUGCUUUCUCAUUUGAAAUUUAGUUACACUUUGAGAUACAGCAGUUACAGGCCCAUCUGGUCCAGCAAGUCCACACUUCCCAAUUCCACCCAUGUGACUAAAUAA